AUGUCAUCAACAGCAACAACAGCAGCAGCAAGCCAGGCUCCCCUGCCUCUUCACAUCCGCGUCUUCUCGUCUUUCAUCCAGUUCUACCACCAAUCCUUGGGUCGCAAGACUGUCCAGUCCGGCAAGGAUGCCACCGUCGAGGCCACCGUCGACUUUUCCAAGAUCAGAUACUCCCAGGUUUGGGAGGAUACCCGUCUUCUCCGCCAGGGUCUCCGUUUGAAGCCCCAGAGCCGUGUCCUCAGCAUUGCUUCUGCCGGUGACAACGCCUUUGCUCUCUUGCUCGAUGAUGCCCGCGAGGUCGUCGCCAUUGAUUUCUCUCCUGCUCAACUGGCUCUUUGCGGAUUGAAGAUUGCAGCCUACAAGACACUGACAUACGAAGAAUUUACACAGCUCCUUGGAUUCGAGUUUGCCGGCGAGGACAUUGGCGGUGACGGUCGUGUUGCGCUUUACCAGAACAAGGUUCGCGCCGCGAUUGUCAACGACGACCACCGCACUUACUGGGACGAGAACCUGGAUCUGAUCAGCAACAAGAUCAUCCACAUUGGCCGUCUCGAAAAGUUCUUCAACAUCUACCGCAAGUUCGUCGUCCCUCUGGGCCACUACAAGUCCACUGUCCGCACCCUCCUCUCUGCCAAGGACCAACCCAAACAGAUCAAGUUCUUUGACUCUGUCUGGAACAAGUGGAUCUGGAGAGCUGGCACCCGCGCCUUCUUUGGUCAGAUGUCUCUUGGCCAUCUCGGUCGUGACCCCAAGUUCUUUGAGCAUGUCCGCCUCGACGUCGGUGCCUUCUUGCUCGAGAAGGUCAGCAACGGUAUCCGCAACAUCCCCAUCUGGGACAACUACUACGCUGAGUACGUCUUCACUGGUCAGCAGAGCGGCAACAACGGUCUUCCCGAUUACCUCGUCAAGGAGAACUACGAGAUCAUCCGCUCCAGGAUCGAUCGUGUCAAGCUGGUUCAUGCCGAUGUCUUGAAGUACCUUAACUCGGAGGAGAGCGGCCACUUUGACGGAUACAACCUCUCAGACAUCUUUGAAUGGAUGAGCGAGGACCUCUUCAAGAACUUCCUGACCGCCAUCCACAACAAGGGUACACCUGAUGCUCGCAUCUGCUACUGGAACCUCUUUGUCCCCCGGGAGAGGCCUGAAGAUUUCAAGGAUUUGAUCCGCUCCGAGGUCGACCUUGCCGAUGCUGCCACCGCCAAGGACCGCACAUACUUUUACCGCCGCUUCGUCAUCGAGACAAUCUUGAAGAAGUAA